AGGUUAAUAUUACCACGUGACACCGCCGAUUAUCAUGAGCUCCACCGCUGGACAGGUUAUCAACUGCAAGGCAGCCGUCGCCUGGAGCGCAAAAGCUCCACUCUCGAUUGAGACGAUCCAAGUGGCUCCACCGAAAGCCCACGAAGUUCGAGUGAAAUUUCAGAUCCUCUACACCGCAGUCUGCCACACGGACGCCUACACCCUCGACGGACACGAUCCGGAAGGUCUCUUCCCUGUCGUCUUGGGACAUGAAGGGUCUGGAAUUGUCGAGAGCGUCGGAGAAGGAGUCACAGGAUUUGCUCCAGGAGAUCACGUCGUUCCGCUCUACGUUCCUCAGUGCAAAGAAUGUGAAUAUUGCAAGAAUCCAAAGACGAAUCUGUGUCAAAAGAUCAGAAUCUCGCAGGGAAAUGGAUUUAUGCCCGAUGGUUCAUCGAGAUUCACAUGCAACGGAAAGCAGUUGUUCCAUUUUAUGGGAUGCUCCACGUUCAGUGAAUACACUGUUGUGGCCGACAUCUCACUGUGCAAAGUGAAUCCAGAAGCUCCGCUCGAGAAGGUUUCGCUUUUGGGAUGUGGAAUUUCAACUGGAUACGGAGCCGUGCUGAACACGUGCAAAGUGGAAGAAGGGAGUACUGUAGCCGUAUGGGGACUCGGUGCAGUCGGAUUGGCCGUUAUCAUGGGCGCAAAGGCUGCCGGAGCCAAGAAAAUCGUCGGAAUCGACCUGAUCGAGUCGAAAUUCGAGUCGGCCAAAUUCUUCGGAGCCACCGAAUGCAUCAAUCCGAAGAGUGUUGAGCUUCCUGAGGGGAAGAGCUUCCAAGCAUGGCUCGUGGAGCAAUUUGACGGAGGAUUUGACUACACUUUUGAGUGUAUUGGAAAUGUGCACACAAUGCGCCAAGCCCUCGAAGCCGCCCACAAAGGAUGGGGAGUCUCGUGUAUCAUCGGAGUCGCCGGAGCCGGCCAAGAGAUCGCCACCCGUCCAUUCCAACUUGUCACCGGGCGCACGUGGAAGGGAACCGCAUUCGGCGGAUGGAAAUCCGUGGAAAGUGUGCCGAGACUCGUCGACGACUACAUGAACAAGAAGCUGCUCAUCGAUGAAUUCAUUACUCAUCGCUGGAACAUUGACGAUAUCAAUACGGCGUUCGAUGUUCUUCACAAGGGAGAGAGUCUGCGGUCGGUGCUGGCGUUCGAGAAAAUAUAACUUCACCUUAUUGCGUUCAAUUUUUGUUUCCACCUACUACUACGAAUACGUUGUAAAUCCAAAUAUAUUGUUCUUUAAUGAUACAUUUGCUUCCAGUAUGUAAUUUUUUCUGGUCAAAUCUUUUUUACUAACUUUUGAAGAUAUUGAAAUAAAGUUUGUUUGUAUUUA